AACGUAGAAGAAGAAGGCCACCGGAACCGGAAGCAGCCCUCGCUCUCAUUAGCCGCUGCAGCACGGUGGUUGAAGCUAAAGGUCGGUAACGUUUCCUAAAGUGCUUUAAACACAUCGCUGAAAUGGCUCUUGAAUCACGGAUUACACAGGAAGAGAUCAAGAAGGAGCCUGAGAAGCCCAUCGACCGAGAAAAGACCUGCCCCCUUCUGCUGCGAGUAUUCACCACCAACAGUGGCCGACACCACAGACCAGAUGAAUUCGCCCGUGGCAACGUUCCCUCUAGCGAACUCCAGAUAUACACAUGGAUGGAUGCUACUCUGAAGGAGCUGACAAGCCUGGUGAAGGAAGUGUAUCCAGAGGCCAGAAAAAAGGGGACCCACUUCAGCUUUGCCAUCGUUUACCCCGACCCCAGAGGGAAACCGUACAGGUUGAAAGAUAUCGGCAACACUGUAUCCGGCAGGAAAGGCGCAGAUGACUCCAUGACGUUGCAGUCUCAGCGCUUCCAGAUCGGGGACUACCUGGACAUAGCUAUCACGCCGCCCAACAGAGCCCCGCCCCUUAACCCCCGCAUGAGGCCCUUCUGAAAAUAAACGCAGACACAUAAACCAACACUCAUCAACCGAAGUUGUUUUUUUUUUGUUUAGUUUUUCCAGUGCAUCAUUUCCAUUGGAUGGUUUUUGCCUCAUUUUUUAAAAUGUGAAGUGUAAUAAAGUUGUCAUUUUUUUUC